AUGGAGAAACUACAACAGAGAUCCGAAGUUAACUACUUGGCCAAUAACAUCAGAGAUCCGAAGUUAACUAUGAUAUUUGAUGGUCAUAAUGGUAAUUCAGCUGCUAUAUAUACUAAGGAGCAUCUUUUGGAUAAUGUGGUGAGUGCUAUUCCUCAAGGUGCAAGUCGGGAUGAGUGGCUUCAGGCUCUUCCUAGGGCUCUUGUUGCAGGCUUUGUUAAAACUAACAUUGAGUUUCAGCAGAAAGGGGAAACUUCUGGAACGACGGUGACAUUUGUUAUAAUUGAUGGUUGGACUAUCACUGUUGGUUUUGUUGGUGACUCACGCUGUAUAUUAGACACCCAAGGUGGUGUGGUUUCUCUACUGACUGUUGAUCACAGGCUGGAGGAGAAUGUUGAAGAGAGAGAACGUGUAACUGCUAGUGGUGGUGAGGUCGGAAGGCUCAAUGUUUUUGGUGGCAAUGAGGUUGGCCCUCUUCGUUGCUGGCCUGGUGGUUUGUGUCUUUCGAGGUCCAUUGGUGAUACUGAUGUGGGAGAAUAUAUUGUCCCAAUACCGCAUGUUAAGCAAGUGAAACUUUCAGAUGCUGGAGGGAGACUCAUUAUAGCUUCAGAUGGUAUAUGGGACAUAAUGUCUUCUGACAUGGCUGCCAAAGCUUGUCGUGGUUUAUCUGCUGAGCUUGCUGCUAAACUUGUUGUUAAGGAAGCAUUGCGAACAAAAGGGUUGAAGGAUGAUACUACUUGUGUAGUUGUUGACAUAGUUCCAUCUGAUCAUCUUACCUUGGCUCCAAUGCCCAAGAAGAAGCAGAACACAUUCACCGCAUUUCUUUCUAAGAAAAAGCAUACUGAUACCAACAACAAGAACGGGAACAAGCUUUCUUCUGUUGGUGUUGAAGAAUUGUUUGAAAAGGUUCUGCUAUGCUUGCAGAUAGAUGCUGAUAAUCAGUCUUUGUCUUUAUUUGGUGUUCUGAUAUACAGAUUGGGAAAGGAUCUUCCCUCGAAUACUGACACUAGGCUGUUAAAGUGCGCUGUAUGCCAAAUAGAUCAAUCUCCAGGUGAAGUUCUAUCAAGUAAUGAUGGUGGUGGUAUCAUCUCAUCAGCAUCUAAGCGAUGGGAAGGCCCCUUCUUAUGCACAGUAUGCAAGAAAAAGAAAGACGCCAUGGAAGGAAAAAGACCAAGCAAAGGUUCAGUGACCACUUGA